AUGUCUGAAGGUCCAGCACAAACGAUCGUUCUCCAGUCAAAUGACAAUGUUGCCAUCACUGUUGAACGCAAAGUUGCUGAGCGAUCAAUGUUGAUCAAGAAUAUGCUUGAGGAUCUUGCUGGCAGCGAGCUCGACUCUGCCAUCCCCAUUCCCAAUGUCAACGAGUCUGUCCUGAAGAAGGUCAUCGAAUGGUGCGAGCACCACAAGAACGAUCCACAAACCGCCGCCGAUGACGAUUCCGAUUCGCGCAAGAAGACCACUGAUAUUGAGGAGUGGGAUCAGAAGUUCAUGCAAGUCGACCAGGAGAUGCUCUUUGAGAUCAUUCUCGCUUCCAACUACCUCGACAUCAAGCCACUUUUGGAUGUCGGAUGCAAGACCGUCGCAAACAUGAUCAAGGGCAAGUCCCCAGAAGAGAUCCGAAAGACAUUCAACAUCACCAACGACUUCACUCCUGAGGAGGAGGAGCAAAUCCGCCGCGAGAACGAGUGGGCCGAGGAUCGUUAA